UCCUAACUCUGGCAAAUUUUCAGCUACCCGUUUUUUGUUCUUGACACACAAAAAUAUUGGGUUCUUUCAACUAUUUGGGGUCUUAUUUAGUACUACUAAGUUACACACCCAAAACUUUGUCCAAUGCCAUGAGCUUGUUGAAGAUGAAAGCUUCGAUGAAUACAUGUAUCUUGUAUUUUUAUCGAUAUUGUUACAAAAGUUGGUGCAGUUGUUUAAGUAUCCAUUGAAAUAUCUUGGCUUCACUAUUGAGUUAUUUUUGAACCUAGCUAGUGGCAACUGCAACAUUUUCCAUAUCAUUUUGAACUUUUUUCAAGGUAAGGAGUUAGUGGAUACAAAUUCAGCAGAUUAUUUGUCAAUUGUUGGUCAUAUUGACAAUAGAGUGGAGUUGGACAAAAGCAUUCAACGUGAUGACCCAAAAUAUAAUGUUGCAUUGUCUAUGAUGGCUUCUAAAGCAGCUUAUGAGAAUAAAGCUUUUAUACGAGAUAGUGUUCAAAAUCAUUGGAAGAUGGAAGUGGUGGCAAGCGGCGACUACUGGAAUGAUUAUCAAGGAAAAGCUACAACUCAAGCUUUCGUCCUCCUAGAUAAAAGUGAUAACCAAGACACCUACAUAGUAACUUUCAGAGGAACCGAACUCUUUGAUGCUGAUCAAUGGUCUUAUGAUUUCGAUGUCUCAUGGUUGAAUCUUCCCGGUUUGGGAAAAACCCAUGCUGGUUUCAUGAAAGUCUUGGGUUUACAGAAAAGCAACAUGGGUUGGCCAAAAGAAAUUGAAACAAAUCCUAACCAUGCACCUGAAGCCUACUACUUCAUUAGAGAUUUACUAAAGAAGCAUUUGAAUGAAAAUAAUAAAGCAAGAUUUAUUGUAACAGGUCACAGUUUAGGUGGAGCUCUUGCUAUUCUCUUUCCAGCAAUAUUGAUGAUGCAUGAGGAAACACUUCUUUUAGAGAGACUUGAAGGGGUGUACACAUUUGGUCAACCAAGAGUUGGAGAUGAUAUAUUUGUUGAGUACAUGGAGAAUAACAUGAAACAUAAUGGUAUUAAAUAUUACAGGAUAGUUUACAACUAUGAUAUUGUUCCUAGACUUCCUCCUGAUCUUAAGGAUAUCUUGUUCAAGCACUUUGGGAUAUGUCUUUAUUUUGAUAGAGACUAUAAUGGCAAGAAGGUGCAUGAGGAGCCAAACAAAAACUACUUUUCUUUGUCAAAGAUAGUGCCGAUGACAUUGAAUGCUUUUUGUGAACUCGUAAGGAGCUUCACUAUGGUUUCUAGGUAUGGACCACAAUAUCAAGAGGGGUGGGUUUUAAGAAUUUUUCGACUAGUGGGUUUAGUAUUUCCUGGAGCACUUGAUCACCUACCCCAAGAUUAUGUUAAUGCUACCCGAUUGGGAUCAAUUCUCUCCAAGGUGGAUUGAUGUGUGUAUAUUGGUCGUUGAAAUAACAAAAUCCAAGGCAGAUUGAUGUGUUAUAUAUAAAUGUUGUAAAAUUGGU